AGCCUAUUAGAUUCUUAUUGACUUCAGCUGACCUUGCUACGUUACUGUCAACUGAGUCUCUCACCACAACCGAUACACACUUUUUGAAUUAAAGUUGAGGUCACCAAUAUGGUGGCGGUCAAUCUUGGUUUGCUUCAUUCCCAGCGUCGACGAAGACAGCAGGCGAGGCGGGGUGGUGUCUUCCACACCAGCUUCCAGCAUCAUCACCGCCCAUCACUGCCUUUCAGGAAUAACACCAACCAAAGCAAACCGGGCUGCUUUGUCACCAGACUCUUUGACUUGGACGUCAGUAUGUCUGACAAGAGUGAGCUGAAGGCCGAGCUUGAGAGAAAGAAACAGCGUAUCGCCCAGAUUCGAGAGGAGAAGAAGAGAAAAGAAGAGGAGAAGAAGAAGAAGGAUGGAGACUCCAAGCGUGCUGUGGAUGCAGGCGCCGAAGACUCGGACCUGGAGAAGAAAAGGAAGGAGGCUGAGGCUUUGCUGCAGAGUGUUGGCAUCACCCCAGACAUACAACACGCCACAGCUCAACCCCUGAGGGUAGUAACAGAGGAUACCUGUCUAUUUCACUACCUAGUCCCCGCCCCCAUGUCUCCCUCCAACAAAUCAGUGGCCAGCGACGCGGGAAGCCAGGAUUCUGGGGAUGGAAACGCAGGACCCAGGCGCGGGGCUGUGAGGCUCGGCAUGUCCAAAAUAACCCAAGUGGACAUUAUCCCCAAAGAAAUGGUGUCCUACUCAAAAGAAACCCAGACCCCUACUGAAGCGCACACUGAUCAAAAAGCAGAUGAGGAUGAGGAUGAUGAGAUAACUGCACCCUCUCCAACAGAGGACGCUCACGAGGCAAAGGAAGACCAGGAUGACCAACAUGAGGAAGACACCCCCAAAGAACUGACAGAAGAAGAGAAGCUGCAGGUCCUGCACUCCGAGGACUUCCUGGCAUUUUUCGAGCGAGGCAGCAGGAUUGUGGAGCGAGCGUUGUCCGAGCAGGUGGACGUCUGCUUUGACUACAGCGGGCGAGAUUUGGAGGACAAGGAGGGGGACCUGCAGGCUGGCGCCAAGCUGGUUCUGAACAGACAGUUUGCUGAUGAACGCUGGACCAAAAACAGAGUGGUCACUUGUCUGGACUGGUCCCCUCAGUACCCCGAGCUACUUGUGGCCUCCUACAACAACAAUGAGGACUCUCCUCACGAACCUGAUGGAGUUGCACUGGUCUGGAACCAGAAAUAUAAGAAGAGCACACCUGAGUACAUAUUCCACUGCCAGUCAGAGGUGAUGUCAGCUGGCUUUGCGAAGUUUCACCCCAAUCUGGUGGUGGGUGGCACCUACUCGGGACAGAUUGUCUUAUGGGACAACCGCAGCAACAAGCGAACCCCUGUCCAGAGAACCCCGCUGUCUGCUGCUGCACACACUCACCCAGUCUACUGUGUGAACGUGGUGGGAACCCAGAACGCCAACAACCUGAUCAGCAUUUCUACAGAUGGCAAGCUGUGCUCGUGGAGCCUGGACAUGUUGUCACAGCCACAGGACAGUUUGGAACUGGUGUUCAAGCAGAGCAAGUCAGUGGCUGUGACCUCCAUGGCCUUCCCGCUAGGUGAUGUGAACAACUUCAUAGUAGGGAGCGAGGACGGGUCAGUCUAUACCGCCUGUCGCCAUGGGAGUAAGGCGGGCAUCACUGAGGUGUUCGAAGGCCACCACGGUCCAGUGACGGGCCUGAGCUAUCACACCGCAGGAGGACCGGUGGACUUCUCCCAUCUAUUCAUCUCCUCUUCUUUCGACUGGACCGUCAAACUCUGGAGCACCAAAAGCACACGCCCGCUGUACUCGUUUGAGGAUUGCUGCGACUACGUGUACGAUGCCAUGUGGUCUCCAACGCAUCCUGCACUCUUUGCUUGUGUGGACCUUGCUGGACGUCUGGACCUGUGGAACCUCAACAAUGACACGGAGGUUCCCACUGCCAGCGUGUAUGUGGAAGGUGCUCCGGCGCUGAACUGUGUGCGGUGGGCUCCCUCCGGAAAAGAGAUCGCCACAGGAGACUCUGAGGGACAAGUGCAGGUGUACGACGUGGGCGAGCAAAUCUGCGUGCCCAAGGCUGACGAAUGGACUCGUUUCGUCAGGACUCUGGCCGACAUUAACGAGAGCAGAGACGAAGCUGAGGAGCUGGCCAACGUUUGACGACACGUCCGAUCUCUUUUUCAAUGGCUCCCUUCGUCCACUACAUUCCUCGGUAACACUACCAGGGAGCCGCCAUCUGGAUUCCUCUUCCCACUUACUAGGCCUGGAGAUACGUGCAGUGUUCAAAUAUAGACCAUUUUAGGUAUUUGUAGGUUUUGUUUCAUUUUAAAUGUAUUUGAGGGCGAUGAAUGUCUCUGGCAGCAGUACAAGAACAAAAAUCAAGCAUAGAAAACCAGAAGACAAAAUACUGUACUGUAAUUUCAAUUUGGAACCUUUUAUUUAACAUUCCUGGCCUUCACUGAAAGCUCCCAAGGCCUGGAUCAAUAUGCAAAACUUUGUACUUGCACCUUUCUACUUAGAUUUUAAUGUUUAUUUUUUAUUUUCCCAAACUGUGUUGUAAUAUUUUUGCAACAUCCUAGUGCCCAUGGCUGGAAAUGUGUGUAGAAAAAAAAAAAGAAUCAAAAGGAUACAAAGCUUGUUGUGUGCUCUUCAGCACAAAUUGGACACACUAUUUUGCUGUGGCCCUGUGCAGGAGAGUGUUAAAUUGUAACCACUGCAAAAUUCAUUAUUUAUGCCGGUGCUUGUGCUUAUUUAAAAUAUGCUGCGUAGGUUUACGAAUGCUGCUUUGGACUGAAAGCCUUUGAAGCGCACAAAAUUAGCACUACAAGCUUUUUGCCUGCUAAGACUUUUCAGGCCUCAACUUUAAACAGCUAUUAUUUCCUAUAUAUUAUGUUAUUAUUGAAGAACAGUAUUCUACUUUUUAACAUCAAAAUGAAUUUUGAUGAUGACGAAGGUUUAAUCCAGAGGUUGUUUUUGUAGCUACUUUACCGUCCAAAUUUCUGUGCUGUCCAUGUCUAGUCUCGGUCAAACUACUGCUUCUUUAUAUCAAGGACAGUAGUUUGAAACCUCAAUUUUUCCUUUUAUUUGUUGUUUUUGUUCUUUAAUAGCUGAAAUGAAAAAUUUGAAAUUUUAUAUUUAAAUAUGAUACCUGUGUUUAGGCAGCACGGUGGUCCAGCUGGUACAGCGUUGGCCCCACUGUUCUGAAUUCUGGGUUUCAAUCCUGGACCCGCCUGUGUGGAGUUUGCAUGUUCUCCCCAUGCCUGCGUGGGUUUCCUCAAACAUCCCAAAAACUUGUAACAUUAAUUGGACACUCUAAAUUGCCCAUGGGUGUGAUUGUGAGUGCAACUGAUGUCUGUCUCCAUGUGCCCUGCAAUUGGCUGGCAUCCAGUUUAAGGUGUACCCUGAAUCCUGCAUGUUGACAGCUAGGAUAGGCGCCAGCACUCCCCACGACCCUCGUGAGGAAAGGCGGCAAAGAAAAUGGAUGGAUGGCUGGACCUGUGUUUAAUGGCAACAACACCAUUUU